UUGUGCGGCUUCCGGAAGUCGUUGCGCGCUGGGUCCGUUCUCUACACUUGAUCCCAAGUCACUAAGGAUACUCUUGAGGGUGUGUACAUCCAGGCGUCUUAGUCGGGAGAGAAAGUCUGUCUUCGGUACAUUCAUAGAGGUGUCCAGACCAGCUAGACGGUCCAUCCUCCCGCCUUCGUGACGCCUCGCUGGUGGUGGUGAGGAAGGAGCCGGCCGUGGAGCGAGUGUUGGACUUUGCUGCCAAGUUCGCGGCCUCCAUGGCUCCUCUGGAAAGUACAGCUGCUAGUGGAGAGGAAGAAGAGGCUGCAGGAGACGAGGAAGGUGAAGAGGGCAGAGAUGAGCAAGCAACAGAGGACAGGGGAGACAGUGAUGGAGGGAGUGAGGACAGAUACACUGAAACAGAAGAGGAAGAAGAAGAGAAAGAAGAACUUGACGAAAACGUCUUCAAUUUUCUGCUGGUAAAGAUGCUCUCCUUCUACAGGGCCAACGGCAGAGCCUCCACCGUGCGGGACAGCAGGGGAGAGAAGAACGAUGUAGAUGUAGAUACACACAAACAUUGACGACCAAAAAAGAACUCUGG